UUGGUUUCUCUAAUCUGUGGUUCGAAAUAUCUUCAGUGAAAUAUGGAAUAAUAUUUAAAAAAAGAAAUAUCUUUUAUCAUUGCAGGUUAAUCGCAAAAAUUUAUAUAGAGAGAAAACUUAAUAUAUCAAUAAUCAUGGAUGAAAAAAAAGAGUUGUUAUCAAACACUAAAAAUAAUGGCACAAAAUCAAAAUAUGCGUGUAAUUUAAGUGGAAGGCCAACAAAUGAAAAAAUAAUAAAAUUUAGUCCACAACCCCAAUCUAUAAUAUCACAACUACUAAAUAAAAUUAAACAUGAUAAAAGCAAUAUUAGUGAAGUUGUGUAUAAUAAAAAACAUAAAAACGAAUUACUUGAAUUCUCAGAGGCUUAUGACUGUGAAGAGAUGAAGUGUACAAAAAUUAAAAAAAGAAGAUUAAGUAACUGUUUUAUAGAAAUAACACCGAAAAAAGAUAGUGCGACUUUUAUUAAUUACACAAAAAAUGUUACUGAAAAAAUUACUCACACACACAGCAGUAAUAAAAAGGAACUUAUGAAACACGUAAUAAAACAUGACAAAGAGUUUUCCUGUGAUUAUCCCGGUUGUUCAUAUAUAUGCAAAUUGUCAUCAAAUCUUAUAAAACAUAAACGGAUACAUACAUCAGAAAAACCUUAUUUAUGUGAUCAGUGUUCAUUUAGGUCAAACUUUGUCAAUUCAUUAAAAGUUCAUAAAAGAAUACACACAUCAGAGAGACCAUAUGCCUGCAACUACUGUGAUUAUAGAUGUAAUAGUAGUUCCAAUUUAAAAAAACAUUAUAGGCAUAAACAUUGGUCUAUACUACCAGAUUAAUUGUACCUGUGUACUAUUUUACUCCUUUUUAAUAGUUUCUAAUAUAUGGAACUAUGAAAUUAAAAGAAACCAUUUUUUAUAAUACAGUAUAAUGGUAUAAACAUCAACAUUGCAGCUAUGUGGUACUUUAAAAAAAAUUACACUAUAAGAAAGUAAUGUCUUUAUGUAGAACAAUUUUUUUUUUUUUUUAAUCUGGAUCGGGACACGGAUUGCAAAUUUAGUAGGCCUUUCAAGAUGUAAACAUCAGACAAUAUAUUUACCUUAUAAAGGAUUCAAAAUAAAAUUAUUUAUACAACUGGAAGGCAUCUAAUUAUCAAUCUGUUGAAUGUGAAAUAAAGGCAUGUUUAUCUUUCAA